UCUGCGAGAAAUGGCUGAUGUGUGCGCCAUCUGUAAACGAGCGGGAAAGAAAAGUGUUUGAAGGCCGCCGGCCUGCCGGCCGGGCCGAGUAACUCGGGUCUCAGGCGAAUCAGUGUGCGAGUCUCUCUGCCAUUUGCGCGUCGGUACGCGGUAGUGGUGAUACCAGAAUUCUACGUGUGCUUACCGGUGCGUAGAGAACGCAGCGUUUAUUAAGUGCGUCUUCUUAUCAGAGUGCAUUAUCGACCAUAUAAAUAAAUCGAUCAGCAUGGCGGAUACAGAAACUAAAGAUACCAAAGUGACCACAACCCCUGAGGAAAAGGUAGCCGAAGAAAAAAAGGUAAGGUAGUAGAGGAAGUGGACGAAAGAUUCAAAGGCAUCUGAAAACGGAGACGCCAAAGAAACCAAAGAAAAUGGUUCAAACGAAGAAAAAGAGGGUAGAGAAAUAAGGGAAGCGGAAUCACCAGAGAAUGGAGAUUCUACAGAUGCUCCUGCUGAUAGUUGUUGUAUAAAAAGGAAAUACACUCUAAGUGAUUCGACAGAAGACACUGCCACUGAUGGUGCAAGUCCUGAAAAAAAUCAAAAACUUGACGAUAAGUGUGCCGAAACAGAAAGCAACGGCGACGCGGAAGCCACGGCCUAAUAUUUUUUUUACGUUCAUUUAAACCAUAGAUGCAAUUUUUACCGGUUAAAGUCGGAACAUGAAAAAUUUCUUAUCUGUGCAUCAUUACUUUAUGUAUUAACGACUUCCUGUGUUCAGAUACUUGUACGUUUGUGACUGAUUGGUGACAGUAUUGAAUAUAUCCACAGCAUCAUCAUACAUUAUCUUAUUCAUGUUUUCUGUUUUACACACUGACGUCCAUGUGUGUGUAUACAUAUAUAUGUAUAUAUAUAUGAAUAUAUAUUUUCACAUAUAACGAAGAUGCAAUGAAUAUUACAAAUAAUAUAUUUCUGAUACGUGAAAAUAGAUGAUGGCGAGGUGUUUGAUUAAAAAAAAAAUAUAUAUUAUAUAUAUAUAUAUAUGUAUUAGGUGUAGAAAUUAAUUUGGUGCCUUAUUAAAAUCGUAUUCUCGCACCACUUUUUAAUUCUACCGAAGCGCGGGAAAUUCAAAAUGCUAAAGGCACAAAAUUCAUUUGUAUACCUAAUAUAUGAGAAAUAUUUCAUUUUUUUCUGAUGCACAGAUAUGACAUACACCUCAUAUCGGAGAUAGAAACAAUAUUUUUCUGUAAAUCAAAAUACAUUCCUAAAAUACAUUGAAACUCACCCAGUGAUUAUUAAGAAAAAUUCUGACAACAAAGCACACUGUUUUACAAACGUAUAAUUUAACCUUCACGAGUUGUCAUGUGUUUGGGUGCGUUAACUUUGAAUUUAAAGUAUGUUUAAUAAAAAAUAUGUACUAUUCUUUAAUCAUCAAAUUCACUUGGUACUUUUUAGCAAGAUACCUGACAAUAUAUAAGUGUAUGUACAAAAGCCAUUGGUGAGGUAAAAAACAUUCAAUGUUACUAUACAAAAAUUUGAACUUCGUGAAAGUUUAAAGCAACCUAAUGUAUACUGUAUAAAUGUAAUGUUAAACAUUGUUUAAAAUGAAUAAUUGGUUUAUGUUUGUAAUGUUACAUGCCUACUAUUCAAAUACAAAUCAGAUUGUCGUGUAUUAUUUUUCAUGUAAUAAAUACUUGUGAAUUAGGAAUACAUGGUUCAUGUAUUUACAAAAGAGUUGUUAUAAACUAUCUAUGUACAAAUAAAGGUCAAAAACAUUUUCUAUAUGUUAUAAAAAUAAUAUAUUAGACUCAGAAUAUGAAUAAAGUUGUAGAACAAUA